AACGAUAUAUCGAUAUUUGAAUAAAAACUUUUAUAUCCAUGCUACAAAUGACUUAAUAUAGGUGAUCUGUGAUACGUACUUAAGAUAAAUUAAUUUUAGUACUUAACACCAUAGUUUUCGAGAUAUUCAAGGUAAAUGUAAUACUAUGAACGUUUCAAAAUUAUAUACUAAACAUAUAAUUUUUUCAACGUUGGUUAAAUAUCUGAAGAGUGAUAAGUUAUAUUUCAACAAGAAAAUAAAUAUUUCGAGACCGUAUUGUAAUCACUCAAUAUCGGUGUCAUAUAAAGAUGAAAACUGUAGAAAAUAUACAAAUAGGACACAUACAUGUGGUGGUUUAAGAAGCACAGAUGUUGGCGAAAAUGUAGUAUUAUGUGGUUGGUUGGAGUAUCAAAGAAUGAAUAAAUUUCUUGUUCUUCGGGAUAGUUACGGGCAUACUCAAUUAUUGAUUAGGGAUGAUGAUUUACAGACUCAAAAACUAUUAAAAAACAUUCCGUUUGAAUCAAUUCUAGAAGCAUCUGGAAUAGUAUUGAGCAGACCACAAGAAAUGAUUAAUAAUAAUCAACUUACAGGUGAAAUUGAAGUGCUAAUAAAUGAUUUGAAAAUUCUUAAUAAAGCGGAAGAGAAUCUACCGUUUAAUAUAAGAGAAUUCCAGAAGGCGAAAGAACCUUUAAGAAUGCAAUACAGGUAUUUAGAUCUUCGAUUUUCACGUAUGCAAAAAAAUUUAAGGUACAGAUCAAAUUUACUAAUGCGAAUGAGACAAUUUUUGUGCGGCAAUGAUUUUGUAGAUGUCGAAACACCGACUUUAUUCAAAGCAACUCCUGGGGGUGCUCAAGAAUUUAUAGUACCGACAAGAUUUCCUGGUCAAUUUUAUUCUCUAGUCCAAAGUCCUCAACAAUUCAAACAAAUAUUAAUGGCAGGUGCAAUUGAUAGGUAUUUCCAAAUUGCUAGAUGUUAUAGAGAUGAAGGGGCUAGAUCAGACAGACAACCGGAAUUUACACAACUAGAUAUCGAAAUGUCCUUCACUAAUAUCGAAUCUGUUAUCAAACUCGUAGAAGAUUUAUUCGCAUACAGUUUAGAAUUAAAACCAAAAGAAAUUGAGUUUAGGAAAAUAACUUACAGCGAAGCUAUGGAAAUAUAUGGAUCUGAUAAGCCUGAUUUAACUUUUGACCAUGAACUGAGAAACUGCACAAAUAUUAUAAAGAAAAAUGAAAGUUUAAUAAGAAAUGAUGAUUUUGGAGCUUAUUUUAUUAAUUUCCCGAAAGAAUUGUCGAUUUUAAAUAAAAAAAUCAAAGAAACAAUGGAAAAUAUUUCAAAGAAAUUCAAUAAUGCUAAACUUAUGUUUGAUAUGGUUAAAAAUAAAGAGGAAACGAUCAAUAAAUUAGGAAAAUUGUUAUCAAAAGAAAUAGCAAACGAAUUUUUUUAUGUAAAUAAUAUUCAAGAAGAAUCGAUUCUAUUUUUAGCUUUUGGAAAUAAACAAGAAGUGCUGUCUUUAAUGGGAAAAAUCCGUAUUGAAUAUAUAAAUCUUCUAGAAAGUACUGGUAUUACUGUAAGACAUAAAGGCUUACACUUCUUAUGGGUACUUGAUUUUCCACUUUUCGAAUUAUCCGAAGAAGGAACUUUGAAAUCAGCGCACCAUCCAUUCACAUCUCCUCAUCCGGAAGACAUGGAUUUAUUACAGAGGGAUCCAUUAAAGAUGAGGGCUCUAGCUUAUGAUCUAGUUCUUAACGGUCAUGAAGUAGGAGGCGGUUCUAUAAGAAUCCACGAUCCAAAAUUACAACGUACUAUUCUUCACGUGUUGAAUAUUAAACCGGAUACCAUGGAACAUAUGCUGGAUAUGUUGGCAUCAGGUUGUCCACCUCAUGGAGGUAUAGCUCUCGGAUUAGAUAGAUUAUUAAGUGUUUUAUUAAAUACUAGCAGUAUUAGAGACGUUAUAGCGUUUCCUAAAAAUUAUGAAGGAAGAGAUCCAAUGAGCGGUGCUCCAAGUUAUAUAUCAGAUAACGAUAAAAGAUUGUACUAUAUAAGAAGCAUUGAUCAAGAUGGAAAUACAUACAAUGUAAAAUAG